AUGGUACUCAGUAAAAGGCCAAGAGUGAUUGUUUGUGCUGAAUUUUGGUCAUUUUUUAGAGUCGAGAUAGGUCUUUGGCAAAGAGACAGUAAAUGGGAUAAGGAAAAAUAUUUCCCGGGGCUGAAGAUUUACAGCUUUAGAAAAAUUCCACAUGAUGACUUAAGAUUGUGGGAAAUUCAGGGUGAAAUUGAAUAUUUUAGGAUCAGUUUGGAACGAAGUUUAAUGCCGUCUUAA